AUGUUUUUAUAUCUCUUAAUUACAGUUAUUUUACUAGUUUAUGGCUACUUCAAAAAUAAGUAUUCGUUUUGGAACGAUCUUGGAUUUCUCUAUGCAGAACCAUCAAUUCCAAUGGAAACAAGUGCCAAUGCUUUGACGUUUUGUACAUAUGAGCUCGCAAUUAAUCAAGACAUUCAAGAUCGUUUAAGAAAAGAGAUCCAAGCUGUGCUCAAAAAACAUGACGAAGAAAUAACUUAUGAUGCAAUAAUGGAAAUGAAAUAUCUUGACAUGGUGAUAAAUGAAACUUUGAGGAAAUAUCCAAUUUUUGAAGUUCAGGUUCGAAAGUGUACGAAAGAAUUUAAAAUACCAGCAACUGAUUUGGUGAUACCAAUUGGAAUGCCUGUAAUGAUUCCUGUUGUUGGAAUUCAAAACGAUGAAAAAUAUUUCAAAAAUCCUGAAAAUUCGAUCCUGAAAGGUUCAGCGAAGAGAAUGUUAAGAAACUAGCUCCACAUACUUUUAUUCCAUUUUCCGAAGGACCUAGAAAUUGCAUUGGCAUUAGCUUUGGAACAAUGCAGAUAAAAUUAGGACUCGUUAAACUUUUAACGAACUUCAGAGUUUUACUCUGUAGCAAAACCUUAAUCCCAAUGAAGUUUUCUCCAAAUUACAGCUUUCAAUCACCACUUUGUGGAAUGUGGAUUAAAAUUGAAAAGGUUUAA